GCCAAAAGUUUUAGAAAUAUACGUGGCUUGAGUACUCUAUAUUAUUUCCGGUGGACCUACUCUCUCAUUAUUCAAAAAAAACAAAAAAUCUAAUUUAAAGAAUUUUAAAUGUUUAGGGUUUUGUGGGUGAUUGAACGGAGUUAUACUUGCUGUCUGCAAUUAUAAUCUCUCUACUGGGUUUGUAUUUUCAGAAAGCAGUCGUCAUGGCGAUGUUCGUUUAUUCGUAUUCUUAUACCGAAGACAUGCCUACCUUGGAAGGAGUUAAGAAAGAAAUAUCAAAGAUAGUUGGGUUGUCUGAAAUCAAGUCACAACUAAACGAAAUCGUCUUGAAAAUAGAGGCCAAUGAGAGGCGUUGUAGCUUGGGGUUCAGACGUCCUCCUCCAAAGCUUUUCCAUAUGGUUUUUCUUGGCAAUUCUGGAACAGGAAAAUCAACAGUGGCUCGAAUUGUUGCACAGCUCUUUUAUUUGGCAGAAUCCUUACCUUCCUAUCAUGUUAUUGAGUUGCAGGGAUCAAGUAAUUCAAGCCAAUGUAUUGAAGAUGCAAAAGGAGGAAUCUUGCUUGUCAAUGUAUGCGAAGACAAACUUAAACAUGAGGUUCUAGAAGAGAUUGUAUUAGCAAUGGAUGAAGGUGAAACUGCAGUAAUAUUUACAGGACAGCAAAAAGAAAUAAACCGAUGCAUGUGGUCAAACAAAGAGUUACACAAGAGGUUUUCUAUAUCAUUGCAAUUCAAUGAUUUGACUUGUGAAGAGCUUGCCAUGAUACUGAAGGCAAAGAUGAACAAUGAUCGAUCAGAAGAGGACAAUCCAAUGCGCGGAUUGAAGUUGCACCCACCUUGCUCUGUUGAUAUGGUUGGUAAGCUAAUUGCAGAGCAGACCUCUGAGAAACUUCGGGGGAAGAUGAAUGCAUAUUUGGUUGAUCCAAUCCUGGUUGCAGCCAAGAAUCAUUUAGAAGAUAGAGUUAAAGAUGGGGCUGGUGAAAGUGAAAGUGAUGAAAAAAACACAAUUACUAUGCAGGAUUUGAAAGCAGGCAUAUGUUGUAUUUUUUGUGGCUUCAACAAAUUGUUUGGCUUGCAAUAGUUUCAUAGAGAAAAGAGUUUCAUUGGUAGGAAUUGAAUUAAAGGAAUUUUUUGGUUAUAGAGAAUUAAUUUUAUGUGUGUUUAUACAAAAUGACUUGACUUGUUGGGAUCUUCUCUUUAAACAAAUGACUCAUUACUUAUUAGUUACAAUUUCAAAUAUGUUACUAUAAAAUCAUUAGUCAAUAGUAAUAUGAGUUGAUGCAGA